UCAUCAUCACACAGUCUAAACAGAAGGUCUCGACAAUGGAGCACGAUGGCUCAUCGAUGGAGCGUGCCUUCGAGGCUGAACCCUUACCGACAUUGUCAGAGACGAUCACGGUGCGGUCCAUGGCUGUGAGCCUUGUCCUUGGGACAACAGUCAGCUUUGUCGCAAUGAAGCUGAACCUUACCUCAGGGUUCCUCCCGUCGCUUAGCAUCCCCGCCGCCCUCCUAGGGUUCUUCCUUGCAAGGGUUUGGAUCCGUGUGAUUGACAUCUUCGGUGUGUCGCACCUUCCCUUCACCCGCCAGGAGAACACCGUCAUCCAAACAUGCGUCGUCGCCUGCUCCGGCAUCACAUAUAGUGGUGGAUUUGGGACAUACAUUCUCGGGAUGAGCGGGAAAUUUGCCAGUGGACAUGUUGGGAGCGAUGAGAAGAACAUUGAAGAGCCGAAGAUCGGACGGCUGAUCGCCUUCCUCUUCCUCACCAACUUUGCUGGCUUGUUCAUGAUUGUGCCGCUCAGGAAGGUCAUGAUCAUCCGACAUCGACUAUCGUACCCAAGUGGCACGGCGACGGCUCAUCUCAUCAACAGCUUCCAUACUCCUCAUGGCGCCAAGCAAGUAAGGCAACAGGUGCUGACGCUGUUCAAAUCCUUGGGAGGCACCGUCCUCUGGCCUCUUUUCCAGUGGUUCUUCGCCGGCGGGAAGGACUGCGGCUUUCAGGUCUUCCCAACAUUCGGCAUCACGGCAUAUCGCCGGGGAUUCUACUUCGACUUCUCGACGACCAACGUCGGCGUCGGCAUGAUCUGCCCGACGAUGAUCACCGUCUCGAUGCUCGCCGGUUCGGUCCUCUCGUGGGGGAUUUUGUGGCCGUGCAUCGAGACCAAGGAGGGGCAGUGGUACCCUAAGAACCUGGACGCCAACAGCCUCAGCGGCAUCAUGGGUUACAAGGUGUUCAUCGGCGUGUCUAUGAUCCUCGCCGACAGCCUUUUCACCUUCCUCACGGCGCUGGUUCGGACCGUCUACCUGCUGCGCAAGCGGCAGUCCCGCGUGAAGACGGCGACGCUCGCCGCGCCGCCGCCUUUCCAGUGCCUCAGCGUCACCGAGCGGACCAUCCAGAGCUUCGACGACCGUCGGCGGGCGCAGGUGUUCCUCCGGGACAGGAUCCCCGGCAAGGUUGCCGUCGUUGCGUACGCCGCGCUGGCGGCCGUCUCCACCGCCGCCGUCCCACUACUUUACCCGCAGCUCAGGCACCACCACAUCGCGCUCGCCUACCUCGUCGCGCCGGUGUUCGCCUUCUGCAACGCGUACGGCGUCGGCGUCACGGACAUGAACCUGUCGACCACCUACGGCAAGAUCGCCAUGCUGGUGGUCAGCUCGUGGGUCGGCAUCGAGGGCGGCGGCGUCGUCGCGGGCCUGGUCGCCUGCGGGAUCAUCGUCGCCGCCGUCUCCGGCGCGUCGGACUUCAUGCAGGACUUCAAGACGGGGUACCUAACGCUCACCUCGCCGCGCGCCAUGCUCGUGGGCCAGGUCGUUGGCACGGCGCUGGGCUGCGUCGUCAACCCGGUCAUCUUCUGGGUGUUCUACAAGGUGUACAAUAUGGGCGUCCUGGACGUCGCGGACGCGCCCUACGCCAAGGUGUACCGCGGCAUCGUCAUGCUCAGCGUCGGCCGGCACGGGCUGCCGGAGCACAGCAUCCUCCUCUGCAAACUCUUCUUCGCGCUUGCGCUGGCGCUGAGCGCGGUGCGGGAGGCCGCGGAGCGGAGGCAGUGGCGCGCCCUGCCCUACAUCCCGAGCACCGUCGGCGUGGCCGUGGCGUUCUUCGUGCCGCCCAAGAUGCCCGUCGGCAUGGCCGUGGGGAGCAUUGCUCUGUACCUCUGGAAGCAUGCCGACCGCGCCAGCGAACGGAUGCUGUCGCCGGCGGUGGCGUCGGGGCUUAUCUGCGGAGACGGGAUCGGGUCGCUGAUGCCGUCGAUGCUCACGUUCUUCAAGGCGCAGCCACCGAUUUGCAUCAAAUUCUUGUCUUUCUAUGAGAACACCAAGCUGGAUGCUUUCCUCGCAACACAUCCCACGUCGUAG